AUGGUCGGCUCACCGCCAGGGACCGUUUCCGUCGCAGGACUUUCCCUUUCUACUAGCACGGCGUCUACGAUCUCACCUUCGCAGGAUUUUCCAAAUGCCGAUCUAUGGGAGGAUGCGCGAAAUCAACUGUCGGAAGAUGAUAAAAAGACAAUCACUCAGACUUUGUCGACUCAAGAACUGCCUCCUUCAUCUCUCAACACCCCGAUAUCCGAGACAAUCCUUGAAGCUGUCAAAGCUAAAAGAGAGGAAUCUAAGAAAAGCCGGUGGAAAGUCAGGAUUGGGAAAGCCGAGGUAGAGCUUCGCGGUGUGGCCGACAAAGUGAUCGUCUGGUUAGACAAGUUCAAACAAGUGGGAGACAUCGCGGUCAGUGCAGACCCCCUCCACGCUGGGCUUCCAUGGGCGGGGAUCCGCUUUUUACUCCAGGCAGCAGUAGCAGGACAAGAGCAGACCGCGGCUCUGCUGAGUGGCUUGAACCGGGUUCUUUACGUGAUGUAUCGAUGUAGGCUUUACGAACUGCUCUUUCAGCCAGGCCAACAUAAGUCGUCGGAUCAGAAUCUCCGGUUGGCACUUGGGAAUUUUCGCACCGCACUUCUUGACUUGUACAAACUCGUUUUGCACUUUCUGGCAGUAGCUAUGCGAGUGUGUCAGAAAAACAAAUUCGAGCGAACAUUGGCUGCUUUCUGGUCACCUAGUGAUAUUUUGAAGUUCGAAGAGGAUUGUCAAGCGACUGAAGAUCGAGCCGAAAAGGAAUGCCAAAAUUGUGAAAGAUACCUUCAGGGCCAAGAGCGUACUGAAUCAUCACAGUACCGCACCAUACUGAACGACCUACCGCAACUGAAAAACCUCAAAAGCUCCAUCGAUCACAUUGAUCACAUUGUUACGGAAGUGUGGGAAACUUUACAGGAAGAUAGGAUUUGUGAUAUUCUGAUGUGGAUUUCCAAGCUUCCAUAUCAAGAUCACCACCAGUUUGCGUGUAAGAAUCGCACUCCCGGCACGGGGGAGUGGCUAAUUGAAGAUAAAACGUUUCGGAAGUGGAAAUCACUCGACACGUCCACAAUACUGUGGCUACAUGGGAUCCCUGGUGCUGGGAAGACUAAGCUUGUUUCCAGGGUUAUUGAUCAUAUCAAGGAUAAUCAUCCAGACUAUGGUCUAGCUUACUUCUACUGCAAGCGAGAUGACGAUCAUCGCCGCGACCCAGAGAAUAUCCUACGAAGUUUUGUUAAGCAGCUGUCCAAGUUUCCCCGGAAGAACUCUCUUCACCAAGUAGUCGUGAAAGCACACCAAGAGUACCGGUUUACUGGCGGUGCAUCAGCAAAAUUGAGCUUCAAUCAAAGUAAGGAGAUUCUGUCUCAGUUAACUCACGAUUAUUCAAAAUUUGUGAUGGUACUGGACGCUCUUGACGAAUGCUACGAAGAAAGUCGAGGUGAUCUCAUUGACGUCUUCAACUGGCUAGUUACUCAGUCCGAUAAUGUGAAGAUCUUCGUCGCAAGCAGACGGGACGACGACAUCAAAUGGCAACUUGAACGGAAGUCCAACAUUGGAAUCGGAGCCACUCAUAACCAGGGCGAUAUUGAAAGGUUUGUUAAUGAGAGAAUCGAAAACGCACAGAAAACUCGAAGAAAACCUAUAUCCAGAGAAUUGAAGCAGGACAUCAUCACAACUCUUUACGAGAAAAGCGGCGGAAUGUUUCAAUGGGCAGCUCUCCAGAUAGAACAGAUUCUCGGGCUGGCCCUCGAGAUUGACAUCCGCAAACGACUGGGGCAACUUCCAAAGGGAUUGAAAGCAGCCUACGAUGAGAUCUUUUCGAAGAUCCAGGCCGCAGAGGGUAGCAAUCCCGAUAUUGCCCACCAAGCCUUUGAAUGGAUUUUGCAUUCUCCUGUGCCGUUGGACGCUCUUGUACUACCAGACCUGAUUAGUCGAAGUCUCUCUGGUGGCACGAAUUUAGUCCUAGAUUUAGAUAUUGACAUAAUUCUUGAUGCUUGCUGCAACUUAUUGGUUGUCGACCAGUACAAGGUCAGCUUCGGGGUCGAAGGCCGCUCCCUCGAAUUUCGCUUCGCCCAUUUGUCCGUACAGGAAUAUAUCGAGGAACACACGGACGGUGGAAAUGCUCUGUCGGUGCCACAGCCAGCACAUUCUAAACACGCAGUUGCUACACUUGGCUUCCUUUCCGAGCUCAGUGGCCUAUUUGAAAGAUGGGAUUCCGACAUACCGAAACACACAGGGGUGAGAUCUCCGGAUAUACCACCCGCAUUGAAAUAUGCCACCGUGUCCUGGCCUUUUUAUGCUAAAAGGGCAUUGGAAAAACCAACAUCUGAGCAACUGGAACACAUUCUUUUUGAUUUUUUCAGUCUUACGAACACCAAGGUCCGUGAUUCUUGGUUGAGAGCAGUUUCACUCUUGAAACAGUAUCGACACUGUCCCGAAUACAUCAGACAAAUAAUGCCGGUUGUCGGGAAUGAUAUCUCUCCCAGUGCAUUAUACUGCGCUGCCGCACUUGGUAUGGAGAGUAUUGUUGCAAAGCUGCUCUCCGAAGGUGCACGGGUAGCCUCGGAUAAGUCGGCGGAGAGCCCAAUCAUAGCAGCUGCGCGCUAUGGCUGCCCAAAAACCGUCUCCCGUUUAUUGUACUCAUACUCCGCGAAUCCGAUAUCUGUGAUCUACCAAUCGAUGCGAGCUACGACGGAGAAUGCGGUUGAGGUUAUGUUGGUCCUUCUGAGACACGGCUUAGGUUAUCAAAACUCUGAUGACAAUUCUUUCCAAUCACUGUGCUUUCUGGCAGCAACGGAAAGCAGAGGCGGGGAUCCAGUGAUGCACCUUCUUCUCCGAGAAUUCCCGGGAUUUUCCAUGACAGAGUCUAUCUUGCAAGCAGUAGUGACAAGUCGAUUUUUGUCCGAAUCUAUGAUUGGUGCUCUGCUCGACCAGAACGUGACACUGACCAUCACCGAAAAUACCAUUCAAAGGCUAGUAAGCCGACGGCGGUUCAAUUUAAUAGCAUUGGUUCUUGAAAAGCGACCGGAAAUGCCGAUUACCGAGGCUACAUUGAGGGUUGCAACACAGGUGACUUGGGUUGCGCAGCUUGUAGUGAAUAUUCUGCUGGAGAAGCGCCCCGAAACACCCAUCACCGAGGAGGUAUUUAAUGCUGCAAUGAGAAAUCCAAGUUGUGCAUCAAGUUUGGUGCAGCUUUUCCUGGAGAGAAGACCGGAUAUAGCCAUCACAGAAACCACACUUGAGGCUGCAGCAACUGCUAUGAGAAGGGGAAGGCCGUUGAUGUCUCUCCUCCUUGAGAAAAGGCCAGACCUCCCUAUCACUGAAUCUACAGUUGAAGCCGCAGCAAGGAAUACACGUUGUGGAGAUAGCUUAAUCGCUCUCCUCCUCGAGAAAAGGCCAGACCUCCCUAUCACCGAAGCUACAGUUGAGGCCGCAGCAAGCAAUACACGUUGUGGGGAUAGCUUAAUCGCUCUCCUCCUCGAGAAACGACCAAAUCUCCAUAUUAGCGAAGCUACAGUUGAGGCCGUAGCCAAGAAUAGAAGAGAGAGAGAGAAAGAGAGAGAGAAUGCCCUUCGACAGUUAAACGAAGGCCAUUCCUAUCUUUCGCGGAGGCUGUAUAUCAGAUCACAAGACAGGGGAAGGAAUGAGAGAACCAAUGGAAGGUAA